CCCCGCCCUACGCCUCCCCCGCCCUCCCCAGCCCGCCUCAGGGAAGCGAGCCCGGGCGCCGGCGGGCGGCCGUCGCGUCUGACAGACCACUGCAGACCACGGGCCGAGGCCCAGCGCCCGUCCGCAGCGCCGCCGGCAUGGCGGCGCCAAGGAGCCCCACGCGGGCAAGGGAGCGGGAGCGGUCUGGCGCUCCCGCCGCAGGAAGUGACCAAGUUCACUCCUGGAUGCUAGCUACAAGCCAAGCCUUAGACACUGUCUGGAGAAUGGCAAAAGGCUUUGUGAUGUUGGCAGUUUCAUUUCUGGUGGCUGCCAUCUGCUACUUCCGGAGGCUACAUUUAUAUUCAGGGCACAAGCUGAAAUGGUGGAUUGGAUAUCUGCAGAGAAAAUUCAAAAGGAACCUCAGUGUGGAGGCAGAGGUUGAUUUACUCAGUUAUUGUGCAAGAGAAUGGAAAGGAGAGACACCCCGUAACAAGCUGAUGAGGAAGGCUUAUGAGGAGCUAUUUUGGCGGCAUCACAUUAAAUGUGUUCGACAAGUAAGAAGAGAUAACUAUGAUGCUCUCAGAUCAGUGUUAUUUCAGAUAUUCAGCCAGGGCAUCUCUUUUCCAUCAUGGAUGAAAGAAAAGGACAUUGUUAAGCUUCCUGAAAAACUGCUGUUUUCACAAGGUUGUAAUUGGAUUCAGCAAUACAGUUUUGGUCCUGAGAAGUAUACAGGCUCGAAUGUGUUUGGAAAACUACGGAAAUAUGUGGAAUUAUUGAAAACACAGUGGACUGAAUUUAAUGGAAUUAGAGAUUAUCACAAGAGAGGAAGUAUGUGCAACACGCUUUUUUCAGAUGCCAUUCUGGAAUAUAAACUUUAUGAAGCUUUAAAGUUCAUCAUGCUGUAUCAAGUCACUGAAGUUUAUGAACAAAUGAAGACUAAAAAGGUCAUUCCCAGUCUUUUUAGACUCCUGUUUUCCAGGGAGACAUCCACUGAUCCUUUGAGCUUCAUGAUGAAUCACCUGAAUUCUGUAGGCGACACAUGUGGACUAGAGCAGAUUGAUAUGUUUAUACUUGGAUACUCCCUUGAAGUAAAGAUAAAAGUGUUCAGACUGUUCAAGUUUAACUCCAGAGACUUUGAAGUCUGCUACCCAGAGGAGCCUCUCAGGGACUGGCCGGAGAUCUCCCUGCUGACCGAGAACGACCGCCACUACCACAUUCCAGUCUUUUAAGUCCGCUGGGGGCCGAACAGCAGUGCUCACCAGUGACGGUGGUCACAGUUGCAAUAAAGUCUCUCUCUGAAACCAAAGCUAGCAUUUCAGCAUGGAAGGAAUUAGGACCUUUUCUUCAGGAUUACAGGUACACUGGAUGCAGCCAUGCAUGGAUGGUUUUUCUUUAUUUUUCAGUGAUUUCCUCUGAAGCAGCUGCACUGAUACAUUUGGGAGUUGGUGGCUUGACUUUGUCCAUAAGGGGCGUGGCCACUUCACAUGAUGGCAGGCCUUUAAGAGCACAAAGAAGUUUAAUAUGGACAACAACAGGAAAAAGCAAGAAGAAAACAAGUAGGGAAAACAGCUAACCUGGAGAGAAAGAAUUUCUUUAACCUUUAUGUUCUUCAUUAAAAAUCUUACCUUGGACUAGUUUGGGGGAUUUUUAGAAACAUGGCCUUAUUUUAUAUAAGCAUUACCUUCCCAGGAAUCUUUGUUGUAUAUUAAUUUUUGAUAACCAUUUGAUUAACUUUAAAAUUAAGUAUAUGUGUGUAUAUAUACAUAUGUAUGUUUAUAUACACACAUGUAUCUGUGUAUAGUUUUAUAUAUACAUAUAUACACAUAGACAUACAGAGAACCACUACUUUGUAAUACUGUACAGUUUGUUUUAUAUCUCUUUACUUUUUUUGUUACUAUUUUAUCUGGCCAGCUUAAUAGUUUUAUUUAGAUUUUUAAAAAUUCUGUAGAUUAAAGCCAGUGACAGUUAUUGAACUAUCACAAAAAUAUUAAACUGUGGUACAUUUAAUGUGUAUUUAAUGUGUGGAAUCUCAUUAUGGUAGGCAGAAUAAUGCUCUGUGCUCCCCAAAGAUGUCUGUGUCUGAAUCCUCAGAGCCGUAAAGGGCUAAAUGGGUUAAAUGGGAAAGGAGAAUUAAGGUUGCAGGUGGAACUGAGAUGCUAAUCCACUGAUGCUGAAAUAGGGAGAUUUUUCUGGAUUCUCCAGGUGGACGCAGUGUAAUCAGAAUGGUUCUUAAAAGUGGAAGAGAGAAUUGGAAGAGUGUCAGAGUCAGAGGGGAAUGUGAAAUAUGGAAGAACGGUUAGAGAGAGAUGCACCAUUGCUGGCUUUGAAGAUGGAGGAAGGGGCCAUAAGCCAGGGAGUUGCAGGCAGCCUGUAGAAUUGAGACUGGAAAGGAAACAGAAACUUCCCCAUAGCCUCCAGAAGGAGCACAGCCCUGCCAACACCUUGAUUUUAGCCCAGUGAAGCCUGUGUUGGACCUCUAAUCUGCAGAACUGUAAGAUAAUAGAUUUGUGUUUAAGCCACUAAGUUUGUGGUAAUGUGUUGUAGCAACAGAAAACUAGUAUUCUCAGGCUAGUUUUUGGUCAUCUUUAUUUUGGAAAUACUUUUCUAGUUUAAUUUGAUAGUUUUUUUUUUGGAGGUACUUUGCUAGUCUGUUUUGAGUUUCAGUACAUAAGAAUAAUUUUUAAAAUCUUGUUAAUUAUAUAUUACUUCAAAGUCACAAAUCCCUUUCUAAGAAUGACUUACUUCACGAGAUAUUUAGCACUAACAUUUUCCCAGAUGUUCAUAUUAUUUCUGCAAUAAAUUAAAAGGGAGUGUGUCAAA